AUGGCCAACUCCGGCUCUGACGCGGGCUCGUUGGUGCCCUCUGACACCAGCCGGAGUCCCGCGGGCGGCAGCAGCAGCAGCAGCAGCAGCAGCAGCUUCUAUGUCAGCAGCCGAGGCAGCCAAGCAGCCCAUGACACCAGUCAGACGCCCGAGGAAUCUCACACACAGAGAAAUGGUGGUAUUCCCAGGGCACUUGGUACAUUUAGGAGAGAAUCGUCACCUUCCUUCCAGGAUUCAGUUGGGGAAGAGAUCAUUACAACAAUUUCAACAAAACAUGGAACUGAUGUAGCAUUGCAGACAGAAAUGAGUUGGCUUCAGGAUCAGUAUGAGAAAAAAAUAAGCCUUGCAGCAAAGGACAAUAUAUCCCAAAAGAAGAUACUGGAAAUAAUACCAGAGUACCAGAAAAAGACAAGGAUUAAAAAUUUAAAGAGUGCAGUACAAAAAAUAGCAGUAGUUCGUUCUUUUGGCUCCUUUAAACCUGGGGAUGUAUCUCCUACCUCCUAUUGCCCAUUAACACGAGCACAAUGGGCGCUACAUGAGAAGAUGCAGCAAUUAGACAUUUUGUGUGACAUGGAGUUUAAAGAAGACUUCAAAAUGUUUUUUGAACCAUUUCUGGAAACAAUCCCAAAGGUUGGGCCACCGGCCAUUCUAGCCUAUAAACCAGAGCCAACUCCACAAGAUAUAAUUCUCGAGUGGGACAUGGAGUAUUCUGCAUGCUGUGAGUUUUGUGGAUGUGAACUGAGAUCAUUUCCUUCCCUGGAUAACAUUGACUUUGACGCUGAAAGCUAUGAGAAUCUCUUCUGUUGUCUUGAGUUCAGGAGGUUGUUUGAAUAUGUUCUCCAUGAAAGGGACCUAAUCAAAAGUAUGUACCCAGAAUCCGAUUUAAUCUCCAUCCAGCCUCAUGCAGCCUUUGGCAGUGAGCAGGAGAGGCUCAAAGCAAAGGAAACAGCCCUUCGGAGACAACGAGAGAGACAGAUGGCCAGAACCUUUGCAUUCAUGUCAAAUGAGCAAGAGGAGGGUAAUAUAAAGCAGCUUAGGACAAUAACGUACCAACUAGCCCGGGACCCCUCAAUAAAAAUACCGACUGAAGAGCACUUAGUUGAUUCACUUGAGGAACAAUGUACAUUUUCUAUUGACUCUGGUGAUAUUUGGAUAUUACCUUGCUUAAAGAAAAUAGAAAAGGAAUUCCUGGAAAAACAUUACAAACACGGAGGAAAGUUCCUGACCAUGUUUUCAGAUGGCACAGCCCAAAUAUUCUACCCCUCAGGAAAUUUAGCAGCCAUCGUUGUGACCAACAAGAUAAAUGGUUUAAUCUGUGUGAUCCAAGAAGAUACAACAAAUAAACCUGCAAUUAGGGCAAUACUUGAUUCCGGUGGCAAAAUUACUUGCUACUAUCCCAAUGGAAACAUUUGGAUUAACAUCAACCUCUUGGGAGGGCAAUUUUCAGACCAAGAAGGCAACCGAGUGAGGACUUGGAAGUGGUCCAGUACCAUGACUUCAUUGCCCUUUGUUUCAUUUAAACCAAUAUUUCUGUCUUUAAACAAUUAUGUGGGCAUCCGGAUAUUAGAUCAAGACAAGGUUGUGGUCUCUUUUCUAGCUCUGGGGCAACAGGCAAGAAUGAAUGUGGGAACCAAGCUGAAGGUGCGGGGAUAUGAAGAGGUGCCCAAGCUCAAAUAUUUCCUUGAUGAGGACCUUUUUCUGCUUGCAUUCAUCAUAAGGAUUCGACGUUUGCUGAGCAAAUUUGAGAUAUGUAUGAACUUUCCCAGCAUUGAGAACUGGUAUAAAUUGAAGACACCUUCCUACCUGGGAACUCGUGCUGUGAAAUUACUUUUACUCUGUCAGUAUUAUGAGUUAAGUAAAGAUGCGAUUUCAACAAUCACUGAAUUAUUAAAUGAACCAAUUUAA